CUUUUCUCGCAAAACUCCACCUUUCCGCCCCGCACGUCGUCCCCGGGGUGCUCGCGGGUGUUCGACUGUCAAACAAGCAAGCCGAAUGGCCUCGACGUCAAGCGCGACACAGCAAACAAGGGCGAAGAGAGCGAAAUAAAGGAGAGUAAGCAAGAGACUUCACGCGAUCCGCCGGCCAAUGGCAACUCGCCUCCCAAAGCCCCUCGGCCGCUGUUAAAGUCGCAACUCCGAUACCUUCCAUCCUGGCGAACAUAUCACCAAUAUUUUCCCAGUUUUGGGAAAAGCUGUCCUACAAGAUGAAAAUGAUGAACCACAACAGCAUGAAUAGAUUAGAGUUGACUAAAGUGUUUUCGGAUGAUGAGGCCUUGAUAAACAAGAAAGUACCAAGAGAGCUCUUAUUACAUGUUUUUUCAUAUCUGGAUGUGGUAUCGCUGUGUCGAUGUGCGCAGGUAUCUCAGUACUGGCAUGUCUUGGCACUUGAUGGCUCAAACUGGCAACGUAUUGAUCUCUUUAACUUCCAGACAGACAUAGAGGGUCGUGUGGUCGAAAAUAUCGGCAAACGAUGUGGGGGUUUCCUUAAGCAGUUGUCCCUGAGGGGAUGUCAGAGCGUGAAUGACGCAGCCUUGGUCACAUUCGCAGAGAAGUGCAACAAUAUUGAAGAAUUAAACCUGAACUUGUGCAAGAACAUCACAGACACAACAUGCACAGCUCUGAGCAGACACUGUCCACGUCUGGUGAAGUUGGACCUCGACUCCUGUUCCCAGAUCACAGACAUAUCCCUCAAAGCACUCAGUGAUGGUUGCCCCAACUUGGAGUGGAUAAAUGUGUCCUGGUGUGAAAACAUAGCUCAGAAUGGUGUUGAUGCCUUGGCUCAUGGCUGCCCCAAACUUAAAGGUUUUGUUGGUAAAGGAUUGAAAUCCCUCACAGACCCUGCUCUCAUAUCACUUGCUCAGUAUUGUAAAAAUCUUGAACACAUCAACCUUCACAGCUGUUCCGCAAUCAGCGACAGAGGUGUAAUUGCCUUGGCAGAAAAUUGUGUAAUGAUAAGGUACUUGUGUCUGAGCAACUGUACGCAUCUAACAGACACAAGCCUGGUAGUUCUCUCCCAACACUGUACACACCUAGAAACACUGGAGGUGGCUGCUUGCUCACAAUUCACAGAUAAUGGAUUCCAGGCUCUAGCACGGGCGUCAUAUACCGCAUUAGACACCACGGUUUCUGUGUUCCGUACUAGCGAAGCUGUCUCGUAA